AGCUGCCCUGCUGGUCUGAAGUCCUACCAAGAGCUGAGAGCAGGAAAUAUUAAUAGAAGUCAUAUUCAUGGUUUUGUUGAUUUGAUUUCUUAUUUGCGUUACAAGUCAUCAAUUUAAAUUCAAUAUUAAAAGCAGUUUGAAACCAAGUAUUCCCUCCCCGAGGUAGUCAGACAUUUUAAUCAUUUCUUUUCUACCUACUUCAUCCUUAGAUCAAAAGGAAGUAAAAAAAAGAGACGAGUUUCAAAUGGCAAUAGAUAUGAUUCGGACCUUUGUUGUUGGGCUUGAUUCAAUCCAUGAAGACAAGGAUGACUUCGGAAUACUUGCUGUAGCUCAAAACGUAUCAGAGGAAAUGCGGUAUCUUGCCAACAAAAAUGAUGAACUGCAAAAAGUAAUUGAGCACCUUAUUGAAAACUUUAAUGAGGGUUGGUUUAUAUAUCAAAGAACAAUGUAUUUGCUUUCUCGUGACCAAGACUCAUGGGCAGAUUCCAAAAAAAAAUGUGAGAGGGAAGGUGCCCAGCUCCUUUCUAUGGAAACAUAUCAAGAACAGAAUUUUAUCAACGAGCAAGUACAAAAGCGUAAUAAGUUUUUUUGGUUUGGAGUCUUCAAAGACAAGGCAAAGAAAUGGAGAUGGCUGUCAGGAAUAGAGGCUAUAAUCACGUACUGGAAACCAGAUGAGCCUAAAAACGAAGACAGAAACCACUGUGCUGCAAUAGGCCUUGAUUGCGGAUCGAAUUGCUGGAUAGCAUUACACUGUGAGCAACGCUUAGGGUACAUUUGUAAGAAGGUGCCUGAUGAUGCUUGGCUCUAAGAAGACACUUUAGAAUGAAAGAAACUGGAUCGCAUGAUCACUACACAAAAACAAAAACAAGAGAUCACCCCACCCUGCUGUUUUAAUGCACAAUCCACACUCUGCCAUCUAGAUUAUAGGACUCUUUGGCAUCAGCACUCAAAAACACCUUGAAAAG